AUGGAAAUCAAUAGAAGUGAUAGUGAGAGAAUAUUCAGUAAGAGGAGCUUUGAAGUGGAUAAUGUCUUCCCUAACUCUUUUAAUAGGGAAGACAAUGAUGAUGAAGAGGCUUUGAAAUGGGAUGCACUUCAAAGACUUCCAACUGUUGCACGUUUGAGGAGAGGUUUGUUUACUACUUCUGAUGGAGUGGCCAAUGAAAUUGAUGUAAACAAACUUGGUUUGCAAGAAAGAAAAUAUUUGCUUGAGAAACUUAUCAGAAUUGCUGAUGUUGAUAAUGAAAAGUUGUUGUUGAAGCUUAAGGAUCGUGUUGAUAGAGUUGGAAUUGCUAUUCCUACAAUUGAAGUAAGAUUUGAGCAUCUGAAUAUUGAAGCACAAGUUCAAGUAGGAAAUAGAGCUUUGCCUACCCUUACUAACUACUGUCUUGACACGGUAGAGGGUCCGUUUAACUAUAUACUAAGAAGAAGAAAAAAACGUGUGAACAUUCUCCAGAAUUGUAGUGGAAUAAUAAAGCCUGGCAGGUUGACAUUGCUUUUGGGUCCUCCAAGUUCUGGGAAGACGACACUGCUUUUGGCAUUGGCCGGAAAACUUGAUCCAAAUCUAAAGUUCAAUGGGAAAGUGAGUUAUAAUGGUCAUGAGAUGAAUGAGUUUGUACCCCAAAGAACUGCUGCUUAUGUCAGUCAAAAUGAUCUUCACAUUGGAGAAAUGACUGUUAGAGAAACUCUUGCCUUCUCAGCAAGAUUCCAAGGUGUUGGGCCUCGAUAUGAUAUGCUAGCAGAGGUAUCAAGAAGAGAAAGAGAGAAAAACAUUAUCCCUGAUCCAGAUAUUGAUAUCUUAAUGAAGGCUGUUGCAAUUGAGGGCCAAGGAGCAAAUAUUGUUAUAGAUUAUAUUUUAAAGAUUUUGGGACUAGAGGCCUGUGCAGAUACUGUAGUGGGAAAUGCAAUGUUAAGAGGUGUCUCAGGAGGACAAAGAAAACGGGUUACGACAGGGGAGAUGCUGGUAGGACCAGCUAAGGCACUUUUCAUGGAUGAAAUAUCUACUGGUUUGGAUAGCUCAACAACUUUUCAAGUUGUGAAAUCAGUGAAGCAGUAUGUCAACCUUCUCAAGGGAACUGCUGUGAUCUCACUCUUGCAGCCACCACCGGAGACUUACAAUCUUUUCGACGACAUUAUUCUACUCUCUCAGGGAUAUAUUGUGUACCAGGGACCCUGUGAACAUGUGCUUGAUUUUUUUGGUUCAUUAGGUUUUGUGUGUCCUAAGAGAAAAUCUGUGGCAGACUUUUUACAAGAAGUGACAUCAAUGAAAGACCAAGAGCAAUAUUGGGCAGAAAAAGAGAAACCUUAUACAUUUGUGACACCUAAAGAGUUUGCAGAGGUAUUUGAGUCAUAUCAUGUUGGGAGAAGCAUUGGUAAUGAACUUGUUACACCAUUUGACAAGUCUAAAAGUCACCCAGCUGCUUUGACAACCAACAAGUAUGGAGUUGGAAAAUGGGAAUUGUUCAAAGUUUGCUUUGAAAGAGAAUAUUUACUCAUGAAGCGCAAUUCAUUUUACCAUAAAUUCAAACUUUGCCAAGUUGCUUUCAUGGCCAUCGUUACCAUGACUGUUUUCCUCCGAACUGAAAUGCACCGCAAUUCAGUGACCGAUGGGGGCAUUUAUGCCGGUGCAUUGUUCUUUGCAAAUUUGGUGAUUAUGUUAAAUGGAUUUGCUGAACUUUCUGUAACUGUUUCGAGGCUUCCUGUGUUUUACAAGCAAAGGGACCUUCUAUUUUUCCCUUCUUGGGCAUAUGCUCUUCCCUCAUGGAUCCUUAAAAUCCCUGUUACAUUAUCUGAAGCAGCUGUUUGGAUAUUCCUCACCUAUUUUGUCAUCGGUUAUGAUCCUGAAGUUGGAAGAUUUUUUAGGCAAUUCCUUCUUCUCCUGGUUAUCAACCAAAUGGGUUCUUCAUUAUUCCGAUUUCUUGGAGCAGUUGGUAGAGAAAUGACAGUUGCUGUAACACUUGGGUCGUUUACAUUGACCUUGUUCAUUGCCAUGGGUGGUUUUGCCCUCUCCAAAGAUAAGAUAAAGGAUGAGUGGAUAUGGGGUUUUUGGAUAUCUCCUAUCAUGUAUGCGCAAAAUGCCUUAGUGAAUAACGAGUUCCUAGGGAAGCAAUGGAGACAUGUCCUUCCUAACUCAACGGAACCGCUAGGAGUUGAAGUUUUAAAAUCUCGUGGGUUCUUUGUUGAGUCGUACUGGUAUUGGUUAGCUCUUGGGGCAUUGCUUGGAUAUACAAUACUAUUCAACUUUAAUUACAUUCUUGCUCUGACUUACCUCAAUCCAACUGCGAAGCAUCAGGUUACGAAAUCAGAACAAUCUCCAAGCGAUGAGAUUGAGGAGAAUGAUGGAAGAAAAAGAGGAAUGAUUCUUCCUUUUGAACAACAUUCUAUCACCUUUGAUGAAGUAACAUAUUCUGUAGACAUGCCUCAGGAAAUGCGGAGUCAAGGUGUCCUUGAAGAUAAGUUGGUUCUAUUGAAAGGUGUCAGCGGAUCUUUUAGGCCAGGAGUUCUUACUGCACUUAUGGGUGUCACUGGUGCUGGCAAAACAACUUUGAUGGAUGUACUUGCUGGUAGAAAAAGUGGGGGAUAUAUUACUGGGAACAUCACAGUUUCUGGGUAUCCGAAAAAUCAAGAAACAUUUGCGAGAAUUUCAGGAUACUGUGAGCAAAAUGAUAUACACUCUCCUAAUAUUACUGUCUAUGAAUCCUUGGUUUAUUCAGCAUGGCUGCGAUUGCCGGAGGAUAUCAAUGCAGAAACCAGGAAGAUGUUCAUCGAGGAAGUCAUGGAGCUAGUGGAGUUGAACACACUAAGGGAUGCAAUUGUUGGUCUCCCUGGUGUUAGUGGUCUCUCAACUGAGCAGCGUAAGAGGUUGACCAUUGCAGUUGAGUUGGUGGGUAAUCCUUCUAUCAUAUUCAUGGAUGAGCCAACUUCUGGGCUAGAUGCAAGAGCUGCGGCUAUUGUCAUGAGAGCAGUUAGAAACAUAGUGGACACUGGAAGAACAAUUGUUUGUACCAUUCACCAGCCUAGCAUUGAUAUCUUCGAAUCUUUUGAUGAGCUUUUCCUAAUGAAGCAAGGAGGACAAGAGAUAUAUGUGGGACCACUUGGGCGUCAGUCUUCAGAUUUAAUUAAUUACUUAGAGGGAAUCGAAGGUGUUAGUAGGAUUAAAGAUGGCUCCAAUCCAGCAACUUGGAUGUUGGAAGUCACAAAUUCAGCAAGAGAAAUGGAAUUGGAGAUUAAUUUUGCCGACGUGUACAGAAAUUCAGAGUUAUACAGGAGAAACAAAUCUCUUAUUGAGGAAUUGAGCACUCCAGCUCCUGGUUCAAAGAACCUUAGUUUUCCUUCAAAGUACUCGAGGUCCUUUUCUAUCCAAUGUAUGGCUUGUUUAUGGAAACAACAUUGGUCUUACUGGCGCAAUCCGGAGUACAAUGCCAUAAGGUUUAUCUUCACAACUGGUGUCGCCCUGUUUCUUGGGAGCAUGAACUGGAAAAUUGGCUCCAAAAUUCAAAACCAACAAGAUUUAUUUAAUUCCAUGGGCUUUAUGUACACUACUACUUUGCUUAUUGGUACCAAGAAUUGCAAUUCAGUGCAACCAGUGGUAGCUGUAGAGCGAGUAGUCUUUUACAGGGAAAGGGCUGCAGGAAUGUAUUCAUCAUUGGCAUAUGCUGUUUCUCAGGCUCUAAUUGAAGUUCCUUAUAAUUUUGUACAAGUUGUAAUUUAUGGGAUUAUAGUUUACACAAUGAUUGGUUAUGAGUUGAGCAUCACUAAAUUUUGUUGGUACAUAUUUUUCAUGUUCUUCACCUUCCUUUACUACACCUUCUACGGUCUGAUGACAGCAGCCAUGACCCCAAACCAAUCCAUGGCUGCUUUAUUAUGCAGUGCGUCCAAUUCAUUAUGGAAUCUCUUCUCAGGAUUCAUAAUCCCACAGCCAAGGAUCCCUGUAUGGUGGAGAUGGUUCUAUUGGAUAAAUCCAGUGGCUUGGACUUUAAAUGGGUUGGUGACUUCACAGUUUGGAGAUAUAAAGGAUGAUUUGAAGUCUAAUGGAAUAACUGUUCCAAUACAAGACUUUUUACAUAAUUACUUUGGUUUCAAGCAUGAUUUGUUGGGAGUGGUUGCAGUUGUAGUUAUUGCGUUUACAAUCACUUUUGUAUUUGUCUUCGCCAUAUCCAUUAAGACAUUAAAUUUCCAACGGCGAUGA